AUGCAGGUCAAACAGAUCGCCAUUGCCAUUUCUCUGGUAUCCAGGCUGCAGCCAGCCAUGGCCGCAGCCUUGGUAUCGUCACCAGGGCAAACAGCAGCAAUUCCAUCGUGGGAUCUCCAAUCGACAGCAGUCGUGGGUACUAAUCUCGAGAGACUGACUAGAAAUGGCGUCAACACCUCGGCGUGGCAUCAUAUCAGAAAGUCCAAAUGCACUCUCAUAGGCUGUCUGAUCGAAGCGGGUGUCUACAACGAAACCGAGCUCUUCUACUCUGACAAUCUCCGGAAAGUCGACGGCACACAGUUCCUCGUCCCCUGGAUUUACCGCAGCGAGAUCUUACUUGAGCCUGGUCAGGGCAGACAUUUCUUUUUGCAAACUCACGGAAUCUCCUCAAGAGCAGACAUCUUCCUUAAUGGUGAGCAAGUUGCGUCUCGAACCGAGCAGGCUGGGUCCUAUGUCGGACGUCGAUACGACAUUACCAGCAUCGUCGGCGCUGGAAAUGCGCUGGCAAUCCAAGUCCAUCCAACAGACUACUACCGCGAUUUGGCCCUGGGCUGGGUUGACUGGAACCCCUGGCCGGCCGACAACGGAACCGGCGUGUGGCGAGACGUCGAGAUCAAGCAGACUGGGUCGGUAGUGUUGGAACCACUUCGUGUGGUGACGCAGCUCGGGACGCCAAUAGGGAGUCAACCAGCCAUGGUAACUCUCAAAACACGGGCCCAGAAUCUCGAGAAUUCAUCCGUCACUAUCACAACCACGGCCACUAUUGCGCCGCCGUCAGGGGCGGGCGCUGUUACUUGGAACAAGACCUUUACACUACAACCCCUGUCCACCGUGGACAUCUCUCUCGAUGGUAUCGUCGAAAAUCCCAAAAUCUGGUGGCCAAGACAGUGGGGAGAGCAGCGGCUGUACACAGCAAACCUGACGGUGGUUGCAGACGACGGAGAACUCUCGGAUUACGCAGCGGCCACAUUUGGCCUCCGCAUCAUAACCUCAAAGUUGAACUCGUACAACGACACAACCUUCAUCAUGAACGGGCAGCCAUUCCAAGUUGUUGGUGCCGGCUACACGCCCAACAUGUUUCUCCGCUGGGACGCGGCAAAAUGGGAAAGAGAACUCCAGUACGUCCUCGACUUGGGUUUCAACACUGUCCGGCUGGAAGGUAAAAACGAGCACCCCGAGCUUUACGACAUCGCUGACCGCCUCGGCGUCAUGAUCAUGCCUGGAUGGGAGUGCUGCGAUAAGUGGGAAGCCUGGAGCUACAACCAGGAUCUGGCUGUGCCCACCCCGGUUUGGUCGUCGGCCGACUACGCCAUCGCGGGCGCGAGCAUGCUCCACGAGGCCGGCAUGCUGCAAACCCACCCCAGCGUCCUGACCUACCUGAUCGGAAGCGACUACUGGACCGACGAGCGCGCCACGCGCAUCUACCUCGACGCCUUCAACGCAACCGACUGGCAAACACCGGUCAUUGGCUCCGCCUCCAAGCGCGGGUAUUCCCCAUUCACGGGGCCGUCCGGCAUGGAAAUGGAAGGGCCUUAUGACUGGGUACCACCCAACUACUGGUACACCUUGCCGGCGCAGCUGGGCGCCGCGGGCGGGUUCGGCUCCGAGCUGGGCGCCGGCGUGGGGACCCCGGAACUGGCGAGCCUCCAGAAAUUUCUGUCACCAACAGACCUGGCCGAUCUUUGGAUGACCCCGGACAAGCCGCUCUUCCAUAUGUCGCGCGAGACCUCGUCCUUCGAGACCCGUGCCAUCUACAACGCUGCGCUUUGGGCCCGCUGGGGCCCGCCCUCGUCGCUUGAUGACUACCUCGCCAAAUCGCAGCUUAUGGACUACGAGGCGACCCGCGCCCAGUUCGAGGCGUACGCCGCCAUGUGGACGGCAACGCCCCGCCCUGCGACGGGCCUCAUAUACUGGAUGCUGAACAAUGCCUGGCCAAGCUUGCAUUGGAAUAUUUGGGACUACUAUAUGCGUCCUGCCGGGAGCUAUUUCGGGGCCAAGGUUGGGAGUAGGGUUGAGCAUGUGGCCUAUGACUAUGUGGGCAAGGGCGUGUAUUUGAUCAACCGCUCGUUGGACAAACAGGGUAAAAGGACCGUGGAGGUGCAGGUUUUGGGCGUCGAUGGGAGGGUAGUCCAUGAGCAGACGGUCGAAGCGGACGCGGAGCCUAAUGCCAGUCAAAAGAUUGCUGAGUUGGGAGAGGUUCUAGGGGAGGCCGCUGAGGAGGUGGUUUUUCUACGGUUGGUUCUGAAGGGCGAGGGCGGCAAGGUGUUGAGCAGGAACGUUUACUGGGUUAGCCGAGAGGUUGACGUGCUGGAUUGGGAGAGUUCGGAGUGGUACGUGACGCCGGUGACAAAGUACGCAAAUUAUACGGCGCUGAACAACCUGGAGCCGGCAAACCUCACUGUCAGCGCGGUCCACGAUAGCGACAGCAGUGUGGCAGUAACGCUUGAGAACGGAUCGGGCGUGCCGGCGUUCUUUGUGAGCCUGAAUCUGGUUGAUGCAGAGGGUCGAGAUGUGCUUCCCUUGACGUGGGAGGACAACUAUGUCACCCUGUGGCCUCGCGAGAAGUUGACGCUCACGGCGAGGGCCAUCGGUAAUGAGGAUUGGUCGCCGGCGACGGUACAGGUUGUGGGCAAGAACGUUCAGAGGAGGAAUAUCGGGUUGCGCUGA